UUGUGUGCGAUAAACAAAUACAUAAUUUGUUUGGAGAAUAGAGUGUGUACACUGCAAAGUAUUCAAAGCCUUGAAAAAUAUCGCUAACGAUUUAUUAUAGUUCCUGUUUUCUUCUUGUGAACACAGCACGUGUUUAUUUGGAGCACACCAAACGAUUGAUUUGUACAUUUGACAUUUUAUAAAGCGCGGACGAACAGUACAUUUGUGCACCAAAAUGAGCAGCGAUGUCGAAAUACCUUUAAGUUUGGCGAACGGUGAAUCGGAAAAUGAGUUGAUAACUUUGGGCGAGCUCACUGACUAUGAAAGCACCAAAUGGCGAUUCCCAGAGACAUUGCAUUGUCCGGUUCGGUCUUGCUCUAUGUGGUUUGACACAAGAGCAGCGGCCAUCAAACAUUAUAGAGAAUCACAUGCAAAACACAGUGUUUUGUGUAAAAUAUGCAAUUAUCCAUUGUACCUAUUAACAGCUCCACAUCAUUUACAAGGACAUUAUGUUCGAAAACAUCCAACAGUGGAGCCACCGGCAAAAGUGAAAACACUACGGCAUGAAUGUUCGGUGUGUCAUCUCAGCUACAAGACCUACGCCUACUUGAGCACGCACAUGGAUAAAGUUCACAAAAAUCGAACAAAGAAGAAAAAUACAUUCAAAGGAUUCGAAGAUUUACCAAAAGCAUCCACAAUACAGGAUAUAUUAUCGGAACGAUCGGAAUCAGGGUCUGAAUGGGAAGACAUUGAAUCGGAAAAAACAUCAUCUUCCCUUGAUGAAAGUAAGGCGAUUGAUAAUGACAUUUCCGACCAAGAUAUAACGGUGAAUUCAUCGGACCAAAAGGUUGCAUCAAAAAAAUCGGACAAAUUGAGUUCGUUGAGAAAGUUGAUGGCGCGAAAGGACCGUUCAUUCAAUCAUCGGCACAGAGCACGAUCGUGUACGAUUUGCGGCAGAAGCCUGAAAAACUACGUGCUUGCUUGCAAUCAUUAUCGAUUGAUGCACGGAAGAACGUGUUCGAUGUGUCCAUUUUGCAAGAACUAUUACCUCAAUUCGUCAGCGUUGAUUCAACACAUGAUCAAAUAUCAUCCAUUUGAAAGUGAUAGCACCCAAAAAACUGGAAAGUUAUCGAAGCGAACACGGACGAAAAAAGCCAGUGUCCAGAAAGAAAACCAACAAGUUUGGCAGGAAACCGGUGACACAACGCAGACGGUACCUGAUAAUGCGGGUUUAGAUCACGAUGAAUUGACUACAGCCACUAUGCCAAAUGAGCAGACUGAUGAGGAGUCACCUGAAAAUGACGAUGUUGUUGUAAAUGAUAUAAUAACAUUGGGUGAAUUGACAGAGUAUCCAAAAAUGUCAUGGAAAUUCCCCGAAAUUAAAUCGUGUCCGAGAACAAAUUGUAAGCAAAAAUUUGAAACUCGCGGCGAAGCAAUAAAUCAUUAUCGUGAAAAUCACUCGCAAUACGACGUAUUAUGCCAAGUGUGCAACAUAUUAGUAUCGUUAUCUGGCAGUCAUAAUCUGAUGAAUCAUUAUAAACGUAAGCAUCCAGAUGCUGAAAUGCCAGCGAAGUCGAAUGAGAAAAAAAUUACUUGUCAAAUGUGCCAAAAAGUAUUGUCAUUCCCCCAGUAUCGAAUUCACAUGAACACAAAACACCGGAACGAAAAUGCCUUGCCAAAUCAAACAAAAAAGAGCGAUCGCCUUUCAAAGCGCAAAGCUUCUCUCAAUUUGCAAGAGCUAAACAAAGAUGAAUCAAAGGAGCCAAAGUCUGUAAGAACCUCAAUUAGAAGUAAAUCAAUAUCCCACUUGGCAUAUCAUCGAGCAUUGGCGCCGACUGAAUCAGUUGCCGAAGAUAAUCAGCACCAGGAACAACCUGAAAAUGAUCAAAAUGAUACAUUGACGGUGGAACCACAAAACUCACCAAAUGAUCGAUCAAAAAAUGAUAAACCACAAGAUGAACAAAACAAUGACGAAAUACCGACGAAGACAAUGUCACCGAUUCCCGAAUCGAAUGGUGAACAACCAGCAAAACAAAAUACUCGAUCAACUGGCGUUCGGAAUAAAGCUUGCACCAUUUGCGGAAUCGUGCUUCAGAGCUACGUUGUUGCGUGUGAUCAUUAUCGGAGAAUACAUGGCCGAAAUGUCCUAAUGUGUCCUUACUGUGAGAGUUUCUUCUUGCAGUCAAAUGUGUUGACCAAACAUGUUUUGGCAGUACACUCCAGCAAUAAUGGCCUAGCAGAAGUGGUAAAAAGGGAAAAUCGAGACGAUAGCCAGACGACAAACAUUGAAUACAACACCAUAACAGAAUCAUGCGAAUCGGAAACAGUCAACACGACUUCUAUGCCACCGAAAUAUCCAAUCGAAUUCAAACAAACAAUUCAAACAUACGAUGAACCACUUAACUUGAUCAUUCCGAAAAUUCAGAGACAGACCUUCUAUUCGGAAGACAUUGUAAUCGAUCUAUCGACUGGUGCUUUAGAUUUGAGCAUAAAGAAAUAAAAAUAGUUUAAGUGGACUCUGGAAAUAGUAAUAAGAAAAUGACACAAUAAUAAUUUUUUUUAUUUUGGAGCGCCAAGUGCAACAAAUGCACUUACACAUUGAAUUCUCGCUUCCAAAAUUAAUUUUUAUUCAUGAAUUUGAAUAUGGAUAAUUUAUACGAAAAUGAACUAAAUUUUGAAUGUAAAAUAGAUCAAUCUGCAUAACCUAA